AGCACACUCCGGCGUGGCUGCAGCCGAGGCGCUCCGGGCUGCCCGGCGCAACUUGGACGCUCGUUGGCUUGCGGGGCAGGGAAGAGGACCUUUGCUUUCUCCGAUCAUGCACCCUGACGCUUGCGUGCUUCCUGUCUCCCAGGACUCUUCCUUGGCAAGGAAGGUGUGUAUCCAGUUGCUGCUCCUGAGUUUUCUCCUGCCCACCUGGCUAGGUGCUGUGGAAAUCAAGGUGUCUGAGGAGCCUGUGGUGGCCCUUGUUGGCCACGAUGCAAUUCUGCACUGUUCCUUCUCACCGGAUGCCAAUUUUAGCCUGGAUGAUCUCAGCCUCAUCUGGCAGCUGACGGACACCAAACGGCUGGUGCAUAAAUUUGCGGGGGGUCGGGACCAGCUGGCGGACCAGGUGAGCAGUUACGCCAACCGCACGGCCCUCUUCUAUGACCAGUUGGCCCAAGGCAACAUGUCCCUGCUGCUGCGCCACGUGCAGAUUUCGGAUGAAGAGAGCUUCACCUGCUUCGUCAGAGUUCGGGACUUCAGCAGCGCAGCCGUUACUCUACAAAUGGCAGCUGCCUACUCCAAGCCCAACUUGAAUUUGCAACCGAACAAGAACUUGAAGCCGGGAGACCUGGUCACAGUGACAUGCCACAGCUUUUCUGGGUACCCUGAAGCUGUUGUUCUCUGGCAAGAUGGCCAUGGCCACAACAUCACUGACAAUAUCACCACCUCCCAGGUGGCCAAUGAGCAGGGUCUCUUUGAUGUUCAGAGUAUCCUGCAGGUCGUGCUUGAGCCUAACAGCACCUACAGUUGCCUGAUCAAGAACCCGUUGCUUCGCCAGGAGACACACGCUUCUGUCACCAUCACAGGACAAUACCUUCUGUUUCCAGCACUAGCCCUCUGGGUCACCGUGGGGUUGUCGAUCUGCCUCGUCGUCCUCCUGAUCAUCCUGGCGUACGUGUGCCAAAAGAAGAUCCGGCAAAGCUGUAAAGAGGAGAAGGAGAAUGCUGUAAUAGAGGAGCAGAAUGAUGGAGAAGGAUGUCAAACAGCCUUGCAACCUCUGAAAAACAUGGACAUCAAAGAAGACAUGGGUGAAGAAAUCGAUUGACAACAAUGGAGGGCAAAACAGUAGCGGCAUCUCAAGGCUGAGGUCGGCAAGGAAACCCCCUGGGACCUUCCUCCAGCAAUAAACUAUAGAAGAGGCAGGAGUGACAUGCGCAGCCCUUUUCCUUGGACCCCACAACUUGGUUCCAGCUGCCUUCUCACACAUUCUUUUCUUCUCCACAGACCUGGCCCCCUUACCAUGGGCUUAGAAAGUGGCUGGAAUUCAACCUACUCCUUGCCAGCAUUUCCCUUGCCCCAAGCCUGAGAUACUCAAGGUCCUUCUCCAUCCAACUUGUCCAAGGCUAUUUAUUCUGCUCACUGUUCACCCUGCAGGGCAAAAGCUGAUCCCUGUCUAGCCAGGGGUCAUAAUUUGGAUGCAUGUGGGGAUCCCAGAAGGAGGGAGGAGAACAUGAACCAGCUCAGCACUUCCCUUUUGACUGUGAUUCUUGGAGCUGCCUGCAGUGUCAUCUUCUACCUGCAAUUUUCUUCCCCACGGGGAUUCACCCACUGGAUUUGAAGCCAGUGAAUCUGGGAACGGGCUUGCUUUCUUGCUGGAGAGAAAGCCUGCCUUCUCUUAUGCAGUAAUUCGACCAAGGAGCAAAAGUAGUCUGGGAUUUAGGGCCUGUAAUUAGCAAAGAAGAUCUCAGUAAAAUCUCUGACACCCUGUGAAAGUGUGCCUAAAAACUCAUUCUGCUGGGAUCGUCCAAAAGCUGUUGCCAGCCUAGAUGGCGUGAGUGAAAUGCAUGGAUAACCUGAGGAUAUACAUCUUCUUUUAUAGGCAUCACUUAAAACCAUUAAGGUAAACACAAGGAAUAGCGUUCUUCUCCUUUUUAAAUCCUCUUAGGAAAAAUAACAAAGAUAUGGCCUUUGAGCAGGAGGCCCUUAUACACUAGAAACCUCACAUAGAAUAAACCAUCUGAGCUGCAUUCUUUCUGCAGUUCUUUUUAAAAAAAAAAUUAAAACAGCACAACAACCAACAGAGGUGAAAAUCUGGCUUCAGUAGACUCUGCAGAUACAUUUGUGUUUACCUUGAAGUCAAUCCCAUCUAGCUGAAUGGGGCUUACUUUUAAGGGAGCCUAAGAUUAAAGCCAGAAUACCCUGUCUGCACAUGGUCAGAGGUCUCUGUUUUUUUUUCCCCCAAGUCUCAAAAAUGUCAGCCUUUGAUUCUGAGCAGUGAGAACGCCGUAGAAUUUGAUGUCUGCUCUCUCUCGAUGUCUUCUGCUGCUGUAAAGACUAUCUUGAGAUAUUGUAACAAGGAAUUCGUCAUGUUCAGCAAUUGUUUGACACGGUAGGGAGGCAGAUCUGGAACCCCCAGGAAAACAGUGCAAGGAAAGACAAAAUUAAAUCCAAACAGACAGAGACUAUGGGAUGAAGCAUAGAGGAGCAGUGAAAAUCUACUUUCUUUGUACUAGAAAUCCCAAGAGCCAUCAACCAGAGCCUGGGGCAAAAGCUAUAGAUUUCAGAAGGAAUGUUUUCAUUGUGUCCAGGAAUUUAAUCUUGAGUUCCAGAGGUCACAGGACUUUCCUGUUUUUUCACGUACAAAUCCUCACCUAGAUGCAUUUAACUGAUUUAAUUUUGGAAGUAUAAUUUAGGAAAUCUGGGGAGCCAUUUCAGUUGCUACUGCUUUUAUGCAUUUGGGAGUUUGUAAUCCACACUGGUCUCCUGCUGGUCACCAGAGAUCUUCUAGUAGACCCAAGUCUACCUUUAAUCCAACUCUGCUUUGAAACUCUUCUUUGAAUAACGAAGGUGUUAGGCUGAGUGCCUCAGGUUCACUUAAGAGGAUCUUAAGUGGCAAUGGACAAUUGAAAAGAAGAAUGUCUUCCACAUGUCCAGCUCAGUUCCUGAUGUCUUCAUGAACACAUCUGUGCAGUUUUCUUGGGAGUGUUACAAAAGUGGUUUGCCACUGCCUUAUUCCAGGAUGUUUAACUUCCCAGUGUAAUGAAUGGCCUUGGGAUUUCUAGGUAGUCCCCAAGUACUCAGGUCCAGUCCUAGUUAGCCUUUCAAGAUCAGCCAAAGGUUAGUUAAGAUAUAUCCCAAGUAGUCAAGACUAUCUGAGAGCAAGAGAGAGAGAAAAGUCUUCAGGAGGACUCCACAAAGCUUGGAUAGUGAAAGAUUGUGAAGCCUACUUCACCAUCUCCUGCAUUAGACUUCCUUGUCAGGAUGCAACAAGGUAUGGCGUUACACAAACCAAUAUAACCAUCUCGACUUGCUUUACUUUUAUUUUUUUUCUGCUACCAACCGUGCCAGUUCACCACUGAAUUCAAAAUGGGUUUGGUUUUAGGGUAUUUGGCUAAGAUGUGGCUGUGGACUGAAUGGCUGUAUUUGCACAACACACUUCCCAGGAUAGGAGAAGAUUUAGCAACUGUGUUGGCUCACCAAGCGAAGCCUGGCUUGGCAUUUUGUGGACUGUUGUAGAAACCCAUUUGUAUAUGGUUCGAUGUAGUAUGCAAACUCAGAAAAUAAGCACAUUCAAUAACCAGAAUAAUUAUAUUGUGUGAAUGCAGUCAACCAAUAAAGUUGGCUGUAACGCUAGUUGGGGGAAAUCUGCAGGUCAGAUAAUUCCCUUUUACAUGGUGUCCCAAGAGGCAUGCUGGUAGUUUGAGCUAUACAGUAGAUACUUUUUUGUUCUUCCAUUUGUAGCCUAUAAUA